AUGUCGGAACACGUCCCUGUUGAUUAUCAGCAACUAAGCGACGCCCUUCAAACCUUCUUUCAAGAACACCCACAGGUCGAUAAUAAUGUCGGAAUAGAAGCUUAUGCACUCCUUCAACGGGCCCAACACGGUCUUGCUCGGUAUGCAACGGACUUACAGGAGGUGGAGAGGGAGGCUGGAAAUGCAAGUGAAAUGUUCGAGCGAGAUCUUGCCCCUGCUCGAACUCAACGGGUCGCUGUUGAAGUAGUUGCCCCUCAUGAAGAACCAAUUGGUGGUGAUGAUGCCCCACCUAUGCCUCCAGUAACACCCAUCACGGCUACUACUCAGCGGUCAGAGAAGCUUCCAGAUCCUAAGGUGUUUAGAGGAGAUCGCGAUCGAGAAAGAUUACACUUAUUUAAGCAACAGAUGAGGAUCAAGCUAUUGGGAAAUGCCGACCGCUUCCCCACACUACAAUCUAAACUAUCUUAUGCAUUCAGUCGACUGGAGGGUGUCGCCGCUAAUCAGUUUUUACAAUAUGUCGGAGAAGAAGGCAUCGCUUUGCCUUCCAUGCUACGGUUCUAUGAAAUCUUGGAUACUGCUUUUGGGGACUCUGAUCGAAUGCGCAUAGCUAGAAGGAAUCUUAGGAACAUCCACCAACGAAAUCGAACUUUUGCUGAUUAUUUCGCCGAAUUUCAAAGGUAUGCUGCCGAGUCGGGGAUGGAUGAAGUCUCUCGGAUUGAGGCUCUAAUGGAAGGUAUUAAUGUGGAACUCGACGAAUCAAUGAUACAUCAUGAAACUCCUGCGACGGUAGACGCAUGUGCAAUGCUCCUGCAACGGUUCUAUAAUCGCCGUCGAGCGGCAGAAGCUAAGUGA